AUGGAAAAUACAAGGUUCAAUAAUAACAAUAACACCACAAAUGAUAAUGAAGAAGCACCAUUUGAAUUUAAGAAUCUACUUUCUGAAAUGUUCACAUCUUUACCUAAUCAAAAUCCAAGUACUUCCAAUUCAUUAGAAAAUAUUCCUAAAAUUGCAUUUUCUUGUUCUUCUCCUUCAUCUAAUUCAUCGUCUUCAUCGCAGAAUAUUAUUUCAUUUGGGAAUAUUAAUGUUCCUGUAGCUGAUUCUUUUUUCUUAGAGGAUAAUGAAUUAAAUUAUGAUAUGAUAACGGAAAAAGUGAUGAUGAGCAACAGUAUAUCUAAUUCAUCAAUGGCGGCUAAGAGGAUAUGUAGAAGUCCUUUGCAAUCUCAAGAUCAUCUUUUGGCUGAAAGGAAACGUCGUGAAAGGUUCUCCCAACUUUUUGCUCUCUUGGCUAAAGCUAUACCGCAACUCAAGAAGUUGGACAAAGCUUCAAUUCUUGAAGAUGCUAUAAAGUACAUAGGAGAACUUCAAGGACGUGUUAGUUCUUUAGAGGAAGCUGCUCGGACGAUAAAAAGUAGUACGAACUUAAUUGAAACAACUCAUGCCACACUAGUACACAAACAAUAUUCUCAUGAUGAUCAUGUUGAUGAUCUUGAAUCCAAAAGACAUGAGGAUAUUAAUGAUAUAAAGGUUCAAAUUCUGGACAAAAAUGUACUCAUAGGAAUCCAUUGCUAUAAGCAAAUGAGGAGUAUUUUCUCAAUUAUUGCUGGAAUAAUGGAAAACUUACAUCUUACUAUUCACCACAUUAGAGUUUCCCCAUCCAAUCACACAUCUCUUCAUUAUAUCUCCAUUCUUGCUGAGAUUGAUGAGAAUGUUGAUAUUAAAGUGCAGGAUGUUGAAAAGGCGUUUGAAUUACAUCUUCUUACCAUACAAGACUCGACACAAGACUAA